UUUCUCAUUAGAUUACAGUUGGAAUUUAAUUGCUGUGAACUUAUUGUCACAUUGAUCGUUUAAUUUAAUUCGUUUGUUUCAAUAAUCUCUGUUACAACAGUUGGAUUAUCUUUUCUUAUCUCUCUUUGAAAAUCAUCUCAUCACAUUUUCCAAUCUUCACAUUGGUCAAGAUUUUGAAUUUUUCUCUUCUUUCUCUAAGUGAAUUCAGUUUAUUAGCUUUUUUAGCUUAUUCUUUAUCUUAAUUGUUAUCGUAAAUUAAUCCACAAAUUUACCAAAAUGACUAAGAUUGUAGGUGGAGAUGAUACUUGGGAUGAUGAAUUAUUGAUCCAAGAAUAUAAUAGAUCAGUUCGUUUGGUUGAUCAGCGUAUAGAAGAGAUUGAAUCUGGUAAAGUGAUUGGGACACAAGUUCCAAUUACCGGUGACACUGAAGUAAAGGUUAAUGAGGUGAAAAAGGACAAAAGAAGAAAUAAAAAAAGUGAUUCAAUUGAACUUUUAUGGAAACCUGGUGAUAAUUGUAUCGCUGUUUUCAAAGAUGAUGGUAUUGAAUAUGAAGCUCAAAUUGUUUCCAUAGACCAUAAAUAUGGAUGUUGUGUAGUUAAAUAUCUUGGUUAUGAAAAUGAGGAAUUACAAUAUUUACAAGAUUUAAAACCAUCCGGAGGAGCAGCUUCACAAUUAGCACAGAUUAAACUUUUCGCCGCAAAUGAGUUGCCUGUUGAUGAAAAUGCUGAUAAUUGUGAUCUAGAUGAAGAUGAAGAAUUAGUCAUCGGUACUACUCCGACUAUGAACACAUCGCGACCUGAAUUUGUUAUGCCAGAGAUUCCGACCCGUGCUAAUCAAGAGGCACCAAAGACUGAAUUUGUCUUACCACCUCCACCACCAUUUCUAGUUAACAAUUUAUCCGAAUCAUUAUCCAAAGAAAACGAUGCCUUGGCAUCCAUGUUAAUGUCAUGGUACAUGUGCGGCUAUCAGACAGGUUAUUACACUGCAAUUAAACAAAUGAAGGUUAAAGAGUGAGAGAGUAAGAAAAUUAAUAGGUUUUCUUUUCUCUUUAAAAGUUUCCAAAUUUGUUAUUCCUUUUGGACAUCUCACACUUUAUCUCUUUUCUUUUCUUUUUUCCUUUGUUCUUUUGUUGCCCAGAAUAAUCAACAGAUUAUCUUUAUACAUAUUUUUUCUCUCUCUCUCUCUUGUUUCUUCCCUCUUUCUACUUAUGUGAAAAUCUUGUGACUAUUCUGAGAAUUCUCUCUCCAUCUCACCUUUUGACCUUGGAUUAAGGUUGUGUGUGUUGAUGAAAAUGUGAUAUUUCAAGUGCCAUCUUUAAGAUGUCCAAACUUUUCUUUCUGGUCACUCGCACUCAUUACAUAUCAUCCAAUAAUCUUCUUUUCCCCUACUAUAUCUGUCAACUUAAUAUGUAAAUAAAAGUUUUCUACCAAGACACAAUAUCACUUGUCUUUUCCCCUUUUACUAGGCCAGCAAAUUGUCAAUGUCAAAGGUGAAAUUUAAACCAAAUGGAGAACAAAAACUUCUAAAUGGAAAUACUGUAAACAAUUGAGAAUUAACGACAAACCAUAGUAGCAACAAUUCUAAAUUUAACAGGAGCUGAAUAAUCAACCAAUUCUAUUCUUAGAAUAAUUUUCCAAAUUAAAAUCACUUAAUCCAAUCAGAGAAUCUCCUCCAGGUAAAUUGAAGUAAAAUAGAAUUU